AUGGGGUACCGGCCCCUAACCAGGGACAAAGAAUCCGACAACCCUGUAACCGUGGUGGUCGGAAAAGAGCAGAAGGUGUUCCUUGUGGACCCUUUCAUUUUACAAGAGAACCCUUUUCGGGUUUUGAUGGACACGUCCAGGAGGAAGAAGGAAGAGGAAAAUGAUAAUCAUCUCCAUCAUCAACGUAGUAGAGUGGUCUUCGUGGAUGUGGAUGCCAUUUUGUUCGAGCACAUGUUGUGGCUCAUGCAUAAUGAUUGCUCUUCUUUGUUCAACCUUAAUUUGAAGGACAUUAUUGAUUUCUAUGCUCAGGACGUUCUAGCCCACGGGCCUUCACUGGCUUCGGCUGAAAGGGCAUGUGACAGGUCUCCAGAAGAGUUUGGGCCUGUGGAUAACAAUUGUAUAUCAGGCUUUGGUGUUGCAGACAUAUUCGGUUAA